GGUAUCGGUGAGCUACUGAAAAAGAAAACGCACACACACACGCGCACGUAUUCACGCAGGCGCGCACAUACAAACAAGGGAGCGGGGUACGGGUGGAAAGUGUAUUAGGCGCGAACCCGCUGGAGUCUGCGGUUGAGGGGGAGUUGACUGUGAAACCACGUGGUCACAGAAAGAAAAUAAAGCACCAACCUACUCGGGCGGUGAAAAGGGGAAGUAAUUGAAGAGUUAUUGCUCCUUUGUGUUUUGAUUUCAAUUUGAUAAUCGAAUUGUGGGACCUGUUACUUUUUUUUUGUUUUUCCUGGACUGGAAUAAUUUAUUAGAGUACUUCUGUCGGCUCGGCCUAUCCAGUCUGAAGACUCACGGAGAAUGCUAUUGAUAUUUCAAGUUUGGAGAUUGUUGAGAAAACAACUUCUGGUGCUCCUGUGAAAUUUCUUUUUAAGAUGUGAUACAUGCCGGGAGAGGGAGCAUCUCUCAUCCAAGGCACUCUCUUAACACUUGUCAAUACCUUUGGAAUCAAUGUCAAGCAACGUUGAAGAGUUUAAUUACUGCAGCAUCCACAAAUGACGUCCUCUCACUACCUGCUUCACGGUAGUGGCUUACUCAGUAACGUGAUCACGUGAUCUUCAUCAUUGAUUCCUCUAAUAAUAUAAUUUACAUACCUUACGUUUAUUUUAGAACAGAAAAGCCACGUGCAUUUUAACUAGCCAAUAGAAAACGUUCAUGCAAUUAUCUUAGCAGACGACAGAGUUUUUCAAACACAUUUUUAAAUAGUGUGUGUUUUAGUAUUGUUGUGAGUGUGUGUUUUCUUUGAUAAAGAGUAAAGAAAAUUGUGGAUACUUGUGGAUUACCGUAUCGAUGGAUUAAAGGGAGGCGUGGAAUAUUUCUGGAUUACUGUUUUCUUGGAUUAUGUGUUGCGCUGUGGGUGUGACGUUUUGAUGUAGCCAGCACGAUGAAUGUCUAUCUCAACCUUGUGUCCACCCUUGCCACAGUUCUCAUGUGCACGGCCAGAGAGGACAAGGGCCAUGAAGCUCUGGAACUACUGGACAUUCAACCCGAGUUUCUGGACACGCCAAAGAAUUACAACGUGGAAGUGGGGAGGACGGCGGUGUUAGAAUGCGCUAUACGAAAUCUGAUGGACAGAAAGGUCACGUGGAUCAAGUUAUCUGAAGAUACGCCUCUGACUGUCGGUAAAGAAACAUUUCAAAACACGAAUCGUAUCUUUAUUGAACACGAAGAUAACUCUCCCUACUGGAACCUGGUCAUCUCUCAGGUCCAGCUGAAUGACUCAGGAGUGUACGAGUGUCAGAUCAGCUCUCAGUACAGGCACUUGAGGCUUCACGUGUUACUCACAGUUGUAGCAGCACCAGCUACAACGACAACCCCUGCAGUCGAAAAUUCAAUCCAGAUCUAUGGCUCGAAGUUCGUAGAAAAGGAACGUGCUAUACUUCUGACAUGCAAUGCCACAGGCCAGGAGUAUGUUCCGGAACAGCUGGAUUGGUUUUUCAACGGAAACAAAAUUGUGAAUGAUGACCCCCCAGGGAGAGUCUCAAUCAAAACCAAUAACUCAAUACAGAUGAAAAGUAUAUCCAGUACUCUCCGGAUACGAGGUGCACAGAUGGAUGACGCUGGACUUUAUCUCUGCCGGACAAGUCUUCAAAUCGAGAGUUUUAGCGUGGUCGUCGUGAAUGCAGAUACUCAUAACGUCAAGAGAGGAACUUUUUCAGGCAAAAGUGACCAAUGGAAUGGUGACGACGCAGACGAGGACGACCCUGAUAACAGGAGCAUUGCGCAUGCGCUGGUGCUUCACCGCCACCUCUUAACGUCAGUUCUGUUACUGUUAGUUCUCAUCCAUUACUUCGUGCUUACAAAUUAAGUCCAAUAGUCCCAGCAGCAAGACGUGUUUUGUGGUUUUGAUCCUAAGCCAUCGGGUUCAUAUUUAUUUAUUUAUUUUAUUUUUCUUUGAACACAUGAACAGUCAAAUGUAUAUAAUGGAAAAAGUGUUGUCAACUCUGUACAUUUUGCUUAUUUCAUGUUUUACUUCUUUUUUUUCUGUAUGCCAUGUGUAAACAGUGAAUCACAUUCCACGAUAUUUGUAGUUGGCAGAAGUCACAAACCAUCAAACGAGAAUAUAACUAUGCUAUAAACUGCUGGUCGCCAGCUUUUGCUUCAUCAAUACAUCUCUACCGGAGAUCGAGUAUGCAGGCGAUCAAUGUUAGAUACUAGAUGUUUAAUUUGAAAUACAAAGCACAAAAUGUGAGCAAUAUUCAAUGACGUCAAUUCCGGCGAAGCCCAAGAUAAAAGGUUCCGAACGACUUAACAUAAGUGAAUCAUGGACAGAGACAUUGGCUAAAGGGACGGUUUUAUUUUUAAAUACUAUCUAAACCGGAAGUGACAACCAGAAAGGUUGUUAAAGUUUUUGUAAAUUUGUUCUUCGCCAAAAAAACGUGUGAUCUUCAGUCUCAAGUCUCUAAGUGUAGGGCCUAUUACAAUUUCGAGGUAAUCAUAACCUAAAAAAUAGAUGCUU